UUGAUAUGGGUACAUUUUGUCCUUCCACGUGGCUCGUGCGCUCAGACCGAAAGUGAAAGUAGUAGGUUGGGAAAUUUGUCUUGGCAUUCUGACAAAAAAACAAAGCUUGAGUGUGUGGCGCUGCUGUGGGGUGGUGAGGAGAGUGUCGUCCGUCCCACACUGCCUUGACGUCCACUUUCACAAGCGCUCACCGACGACCACCAACGACAUGCUUUAGACAAGAGGCAACCACAGAGUCAGUGACGCGGAAUAUUGCCAAAGACAUGGUUGCAGUGAUUUAGCCACACAUUGGAAACUUUUGACCCGAGGUAAAUGACCAUGGCCUCAGCUGGUUUCAUUUUUUUGCUGCUGCUGAUGGUGUCCGUCAGUUUGCAAAAUGCAUCAGACGCUUUCAUUCAGGUGGACUGUAAGAAGGAGAACUCAGGGCAGUAUGGUCAACAGUCUGUGGUGGAAUGUGUGAUCAGGAAAUCCGAGGAGGUGAAAGAUCUAACCGUGUCCAGGGUUGUUUGGAAGAAAGACGGCUUGAUUCUGCUGGAGGUUCACAAUAAUCAGCCGAGGUCAAUGGCGGGCUAUUCGUUCGCCGAGCCGUCAUGGAACAACAAGUCCUUGAAUGUGUCCCUGCUCAUCGCUAACACCGCCGUAGCAAACCAUGGCAACUACUCAUGCAUGGUGAUGACUGACAGCGGCUUAGAUAAUAAGUCGACCAGCCUUCGUGUCACGGCCAAAUACGGCAAACCCAGCAUCCAUACCACCGCAGCGAACACCACCCCAAGCUCACAAGUCACCCUGACGUGCCGCUCGCAAGGCGGCCACCCCAAAGGCCAACUGAGCUGGUUUGAGGCGCCUAACGGGCAGCUGGUCGGAAACGUAGAAACCGCGGCCGAGGUGAUGCCAAACGGACUGUUCAGCCUGUCCUCCGAGUUGACUCUGCCGUCAGGGCGAGACGCCUCCAAUUACACCUGCGUGGUGCGCAACGCCCGUGGCGGCAAAGACGACGAGGUCACCGGGACGAUACCCAAUGCGGGCCACGUUAAAGGACUGGGACAAGAUCCAAAAGCGAAAAACACUGAUCUGGCUACCAAAGUCGUGGCACCGUUGAUAGUCAUCGGCUCGAUGAUUGUUGGACUGCUGUUUCUGGUGUUCUGGAAGAAAUGGUGUAAAAAAGAUUGGGCUCCUCAACCUGGAACAGAUCCAGAGCAAGGUAGUCCACAGCAUCAACUUCUGGGGAGCCCUGAAUGCCAAGAGACCAACGUGUCAGGAGAUGCCGCGUAGCUUGUCUCCACUGACCUACCAGCAGAAAUCACGAAUCACGACGGCUGUUUGCACUCAAUGAGUUGGGCAGGGUGAAAGUGAUUGUUUCGUUGCGCUGCGACUUCUCAAAUCACUGAAUGAAUUGUAAGCUCCUUCAAAUUGCGGCUGGAUGGGUAAAAGACAAAAAGGGUGCGAUGUAAGCAAUCUGUGGCUUGUACAGCUAAAUUGUAAGGCGAAUGCUUUUGAAAAAUAAUCAGCGAUUUUUUUUUUUUUUUCACCUGCUCCAUAAUGUGAUUUUUAUUUUUUUAACAACCAACCCUGGUUUAGAUGCUUCAAAUGUCACCCAAACACAAAUACCAAGACAGUGGACAAGCACAUUGGAA